UGUGCCUGUGUGGGUCCCUUUGGUCAUCGGUUUGGCGUAGAUUGCGGGUCUGUAUGACUUCUUCUUUUAUGGCGUAGAUUGUGGGCUGCUCCGUGAGGUUUGAGUUUGACCGAUGGUGGUUUCUCUCGAUGGGUUCCCCGCCGCCGUCCGGCAAUCUCCCGCCGUCGUUCUUUCUGCUGUCGCCCCCGUCAUCCGUAAGGUUGCUCGCUGCUACGCGUUGCGCGGUUUCCGUGUCGCUGUUGAUGACCGCAACGUCUCCAUGGACGCCGGACUCGGCCGGGACCGGGAGAACCAGGUUGCUGCUGCUGGCCAGGGGCUGCCCCUUUUCCCUCCCGAAGCUCUUCCUCGUGGGGCCUCCUCAACGAGGCCAGGCAGAUGCACGAGGCCGGCAAGCUGCGGUGUAUCCUGGAGGGCGCCGCGGCGCGGGACCGGCCCUUCGUCUGCAACGCCUGGGGAGCGUCCGCUUCAUGCCCUCCCGUGCCUACACGGGAUACUGCGAGAUCUUGGUCGAGGAGGAAGGCCGCACUAGCCGCUGCGGUGACUGCAACGACAACAGCUUGAUAAUGGCGUCCAGCUCCAGCAUGAAAGGGCUCUAUGUUGGAGAUGCGCUUGCUUACCAUAUCAUGCAGUCCCCUGCCAAGGUUGGAGAGCCUAUCUUGUGUCAGAUUUCACAAUGGUGGCGCUCAUGGCCAUCAGGAGGGAGAUGCUGACUCACUAUAGGGUGCUGGACAGCUGGGACAUUAGCUCCACCGACUCCUCCACAACUGAGAAUCUCUACAUGACUGUCAGUAUGUAGAUUAUGAUGUCUGCAGGCCAGGUUUGUUUUCCAUAUUUGUGCACAAUGCAUCAGAAUGGAUAUCUGAUCAUUCAACUAUAAUAUUGACUGGGUGUUUUAUUGUCUUUUAAACAAACAAACAUAUUUCCGUUCCAGCUUUCAUCCAUUUCCAACUACUUGGCCUUUAUAGAUCUUCUUUCUUUUGGUCAGAAUAAGUUGUAUAGUUGCCUGGUUUAGUUAGCCAGAUAAGGGAAUCCAAAACCUGAACUCAUUUAUAUUCACUUGGGAACAUGAACUAUUUACUUGCAGGAGUAUGUUUUGUGUUCGACAAGAUUGUUGUUGAUAUUACAGUCCUACCGUCCAAGCAUGUUGAAAAAAAUAUUUGGAUUAUUGGGAAAGUAGUAGCAAGUUCACCUAUUUUUGUUUUCGACAAGACAAUGUUGUUUUUGCAUCUAAGUUUGGAUUUUUUUGUUGCUGAUUUAGAUGGUCAUUACGUUAUACAGAUUCAGAAUGCAUGACAUAAGUCGAAAAGCUGAAGCUCCAAAGAAAAGAUGCUUUCAAUAUGAUAACUCCUUUUUUCUAUGUUGAACUCUUUCGAAUAUUCUGAUCAUGUCCGUUUUACUAUUCCUGGGAUGUCUCUACUUCCUUACAUAAUUUUUACUGGCAAUAUUCAUUGCCAUUAACCUAUGUUAAACACAUAUUGGAGUAGAGUAGAGGUUGAUUUCAGAAAAGUUUCUUUAGACCAACCUCAUUGGAUGGAUAUGUUCUGUGUGAAACUUGGAUAGCCAGUGAUGGGUAAUUUGUAACCAUAGUUUGGUUUUCUUUUCUUACCUUACCAAGCUGACAUCUGUUUUUUUUUGUUGUAGACAAACGUUAACUUAUGACUUGAGCUACCUUCUGAUAAACAUAUCAAGCCCUCCCAUCUAUCUUUUAAGAGUUUCUAGAGUUUGUUCAAAAAGUCGGUUAUCAUAAUUUAAACACAUAUAACUGCAGUAUCCAACUACACUAACUACUGAAGCUCUCUACCUGGAGCGAUUGCCUGCCUGAAGGCCAUCGAGUUUGCAGUCGAGGUAGGUAUGGGAUGGAUAAAAACUGAAACUGAUGCAGCCUUGCUAAAAUCGGUUCUCCAGUCCUAUACAUUUGAUUCAGCUCGCCAUGUAGUUCUCUUCAGGUAGGCAAAAUUCCAGCUGCUCACCAACUUCUUAUAUUACAAAGUAUUGUAAUGUAAGCCCUUUGUAAUACAAUGGCUCGCGCCUUAGCUGCUAAUGGUGCUAGCUUAGUCUUGGGUGGUGUUAUGAUGUGGCAUGAUGAUGCACCAGACAGUAUAUCUCAUAUUGUUGCUAGCAAGCUAGCUGCAACAGAUCAAUGAAGUCCACGGUUUGCUGUAAAGAAA